UACGCUCCAGGUGAAGCCUCAUCCUGCUCCAUCACGUUAAGCCAUCUCAACCCGUGGUGGAGGCUGGACCUGCUGGAUUAUUACUACAUUUACAAAGUGACCAUCACCAACAGAGCCGACUGCUGUCCAGAGCGCAUGACUGGAGUAGAGAUCCGCAUCGGAAACUCUCUGGAAAACAACGGCAACAACAAUCCCAGAUGUGCUGUCGUCACUUCACCAGUUCCAGCAGGUGGUACUGUCAGUUUCUCUUGCGGCAGAAUGGCUGGUCGUUAUGUGAACAUGUACCUUCCUAACAUCCAGAUGUAUCUCACGCUGUGUGAGGUGGAGGUUUAUGGAGCAGAUAAUUUCUGA